CCCGACAUGCCUCGCGGAGGCCGUAAACCGCCGGAUUUGAAUCGCGGCACCGCUCGGCGGCGGCGGGAUGGGUGCCCAGUCGUUGCCCCCGGCCUGGCAGCUCUACCUCAAGGACCACCGCGUCUCCACGUUUAAGAACUGGCCCUUCUUAGAGGGCUGCGCUUGCACCCCGGAGCGGAUGGCCGCGGCAGGCUUCAUCCACUGCCCCACUGAGAACGAGCCCGACUUGGCUCAGUGUUUCUUCUGCUUCAAGGAGUUGGAAGGCUGGGAACCAGAUGACGACCCUAUAGAAGAACAUAAAAAGCAUUCAUCUGGUUGUGCUUUCCUUUCUGUCAAGAAGCAGUUUGAAGAAUUAACCCUCAGUGAAUUUUUGAAACUGGAUAAAGAAAGAACCAAGAACAAAAUCGCAAAGGAAACCAACAGUAAGCAGAAAGAAUUUGAAGAAACCGCAAAGAAGGUCCGCUGUGCCAUUGAGCAGCUGGCGGCCUUGGAGUGACACCUCCCUGUCACUGCACAGCGACACAGACGCGUCGUUUCCAGCGCACACCCCUCAGCGUUGCCAGUUUUUCUCUGGGGCCUCUUAACUGUGCCUUAGGAAAGCAGAACGUCAACAGUUUGAAAUUAGAAUAUUUAAACUGUAUUUUUUAUUUUUUUUCUUGAAGUCGGUGCCAGGGGCUACUUCUGUUAUAUAGCUGGAGCUAAGUACAGUAACUGACCCUGUCUUUUCUCUUUGAUAGUUUUCGUUUUAUUGCUUCCUGGACUUAGUAGGGUGAGGGGAGACGUUUGCUCACAUGGGUAGAGCCCUUUUACAGCAACAUAUUUGGCCUUCACGAAGCUGGUGACUGGCUGUCCAGCUGAGAUGUGAUGCGUGAAUGUGAUCAUAGGUCCAUUAUGACUGGACAAACAGGAUUAAGAAUGCCAUUUUAAGUUUCACUUGCAUAAUAAUCUGCAUUUAUGGUGUGUACUUAUCAUGUUCCAGAUGUCCUAUAUUAUCUCACAUUGAUGUCUGCAGGUCCUGUGACCAUCUCUUUUACCCCGUCAGGUCUGUGGUGUCACAGCAGCUCCCUUCUUCCCAGACAGAUUGUACGGCCCAUCCCUGCCAUGCCUCUGAAAGUGCCCUGUAUGUUAGGGGUUCCUUACCAUCCCAUCUUGUGAGUUUGUUUCACAGGGGUAGCCAUGGGAUUAGACCCCAGGCUCUGCCUCUGGACUUGAUCUGUAUCAGAGCCCUUUUCAUGACUGUAGUGUGUGUGACUUGGUGAGGGGGAUGCAGAAGGACUGAUGUCUUGAGAGUAGAACUGGCCUCUUGCUUUGAGGUCAGCUUAAAGAUACUUCUGCCAUCGCUUGUGGCAAGGUUGCAACAUUUUUCUACAAUAGACGAGGAGGUCUUUCAUGCAGAAAAGGAAUGUUUCAGAGGCCUGGCUCACUGCUUCUGGAUAGCAGAGCACACAGUCAGAGUGGAUUCUUCCUGGGGAGUCCCGCUGUGGCCCAGCUGUCAUCCGUUGGAUGGGGCACACAGGGGUGGGAUGAAAAAUCUGAGGAAGAAGUUCAUGGUCUUAAGUAUUAAUACUCUUCAAAUACCUACUUUCCGUUAAUGAUGUGCAUUGGGCAACUGAUCAUUCUCCUGUCUUUCCAAUUGUGAAUCUUCCUAGAGGAAUAAAUUAAUUUAAAAAGUA